UGUCCUGGGAUGAACUAUUAAUCCAUGGCACUGGUUAACACUUUAAAGGGCAGGUACAUAAACCAUAUCAAUCAGUAUAGUGAUAGGUACUGGGUACUGUGCCCUAAUCAAUCAGUAAUAAUGACAAUGUAAUCAAUGUCAUAAGCAAGACAAAGAGGCAUUAAAAGUUAUUUCUCACAAAGACAAUACAAUGACAAAGUACAUAAAUUCAGACAUUUAGACAAAUUCAGACUUAACAGCAUUACACCGGUCUUUUAUUUUCCACUGAUGAAGGCGCUUUGUUGAUUGAUCGAAGCGUAUGAUUUUAUUUACAUUUGUCGUAUUGUCAAUUGUCAAUUGUCUGUGAUGAAAAACAAUGUUGAUGUAACUCUUCUAUUAAAACUACUUGCAAAACAAGAAGAAAAGCUGGGUAAAAAUAGUAUUGACCCAUGAAGAAGGCAGUUUCUCUUGCCUCAGGACAGGCUGAUAGCAGUAACAUUGCAGACGGCAAGGAUACCAAUAAGCUAAGGGAGCUGCAGAUACUGGAUGCUGAACUAGGAAGCUUAAAGAGGGGAUCUCGGGUAUACAUUCAGCAGCCCAACAGCCAGGUGUUCUUCUUGGGAAAGCUGCCAGAGGUGCGUUCUUCAGUGAAACAGGAGCUCAAGUCGCAUGGUAACGUGACGCUGACGCAAUGAACAAGGAGAUCGUCAAGAUAAACCAGUGGCUGGUGGACACGCUUGGCACAGCGGACGUGCCUGCCUACGAAGUGGACCGGCGCACGCUGUCGCUGCUGCAGCAGUUGCAAGCUACUGUCGACGCCAAUGACGAGCACGCACGCCGGCUAACGGAGCACCUGCGCGUCACGCGCGCCGCGUACGCCGCUGAGCAGCGCCGACUGGAGGCGGCGCAGCGCCGUCUGGGCGUGGAGCGUGUCCACCUGGCGUCCGACUCCCAGCGUGUGCUCUCGGCGCUGGCGCACUCGGCGCAGCUGCUCGGCCUGGACCGACCGAGUCCGGCCGGUUUGCUGCUGGAGCACGCCCGCCUCGAACGGGAGCAGCAGGCGCUGGCCGCGCGACUGGAGCGCGAACAGGCCGGGCUGCGCGGGCAGCAGGCCGACGUGAAGCAGCUGCUGGUGCAGGAGGCGGCGCUGGAGCGGCAGCUCACCGAGGCGGCCGCGCAGCAGGGCGCCGACGAGGCUGUCAUUCAACAGAAACUGGCCAAAUCGCGCUUCCUUUCCGGAAAGAUGCAGGAGUACAAGAGUCUCGUGAGAAAACAAGAGGGCAUUCUCGCCCAGCGAGGAUUCUCUGAGGAGCUCACGCACGACAUGAUUUUGCGGCGUUUCGAGUUUCUGACGCAGAGGCGCGGCUCCCUGGAGCAGCUGCAGCUGAAACUGAAGCAGUUCGGAGAACUGCCACCCGAUGCCGACCUGGCGCGGGUGAAAAUCGCCGAAAUGGAAGCAGAGCUGGAGAAGCUGGAGGCCCAGUUCAAUGACAAGAUUCACGGUAUACAUACAGCCGGAUCGAGCGGAUAAGCACGACGGUCCUUAUAGCGUUUUCCGGCUUUGUUUUUAGGCAGUUAUUCAAGGCCGAAAGUUCAUCGUUGGUCGCUCACUCCGCCAAUGUAACACUUCAAUAAUGUGCGCUCGCUGUUUGUAACAAAAUAAAUGUUUAGAUGCAUAUGAA